CCGAUAUCAAAUGACGGAGACGAGUAUAUAAGUUUCGGCAUUUGGUUAGGAAAGGCACAUUCAGUAGCAAUCACUUGUCUGAUUCUGAGCAACAUGAAAUUCGUUAUUGUCCUGUUCUGCCUGGUCGCGUACGUCGCUGCCGAAUGUAAUCCCAAUGGCAAUGGAGAGCCGAAUUGCACUGGCAUCGUCGGUCCUCAAAGUUAUCGCAAUUUCUGGGAUCCCACUAAAUACUUUGUAUGCGAAAAUGGUAAAAUUUCUACCGUGCAAUGCCCAAUAAAUACUGGUUAUAUGUCCGAAGGCGGUUGCGUUUCCUGGAUUACAUGGGUAUGGACACCACCUUGCCCAGAAAGUGAUGCUUAAAUUUGCAAAUAAAUAAAAGUGUUUAAAGAUUAUUUUAAAAAAAAA